ACUAGCUGCCGAAGAGGUGGAUCGCAUCACACAAGAAGCGCACGAUUUUAUUGGCAUCAUUAGUGCAGAACCAGAAACUACUUUGGAAAUUGUCGAGCACAUACGAGAGCUGGAACGUAUCGAUGAAAAUUUAAAUAAACUUUUCGAAGCGGUUGAUUAUGCGCACGAUCUAUAUAUGAUAAUUAAAGAAUUCGAGAUACCAUGCGAUGACGAGCGGCGUGAAGACUACAUGGAUUGUGAAGAUUUGGUAAACCGGGGUAGCGAGCUACUGAAAGAAACACAGGCAAGACGUCCGGAUUUCAUAAACCAAUUAAAUCAGCGCAUGCUGGCAGAUAUCGACGUAUUGAGAGAGGAAAUACACGACAUAGCGCUUGGUGUGCAAAUUUCCGAAUUAUUGGAUAUAAAUACAGGCAGCAAAAAAGCCAAAGGCAUACUGGAUGACUUGAAUCAGCGACUCAGCGCUUGCAAGGAACGCGUGGAAGAAUACAUUGGCUAUCAAAAGGAAUUCAAGAUUGACAUUUCACAAUUCCUUGAAAUGGAUGAUACAUUCCUUGAGAUAAGAAUGCGCAAUAAUCUUUGGCAAUCGCUGGAUGAAUGGGAUGCAGCUUUGGAUAGUUGGGUCAACAUGGAAUUCAAUCAAUUGAAUGUAGAAGAAAUGAAUAAUCUGAACAUGAAAAUAAUCAAAAAUUGCCUGCAAUUUGAGAAAUAUCUACCAGAAAAUAACAUCGUACCGAAAAUGAAAUCGUCCGCCGAUGAAUUUAGAGCAAAGCUACCUGUUAUUGGAUUCCUGCGCAAUCCGCAUUUCAAGGCG